AUGGAGUCAGGAAAGAGAAAAACAUUCCAAAUCAAAGCCAAGGUACCGUGUGUGAAGGGGUUCAUUGCAUUCAGAGAUGGGUUGACUAAUAUCCGUCGAGACGCAUUUACACUCAAAUAUGGGAAGAUUUUACACUUGUUGUCUGUACCAGUACAGAAGGAUGCUAUUACCGCACUAGCCCAGUUUUAUGAUCCACCACUCAGAAGUUUCCUCUUUAGAGAUUUCCAGUUGGCCCCAACUUUGGAAGAAUUCAUAAGAAUAUUGGACUCUCCUAAGCAGAAGAAGGGACCAUACAAGGGGUUAGGUCAAAUCCCUAAACCCGAAGAGUUGGCAGAAGUAUUAGACAUCCCAGUCAAAGAUCUAACCCCUAACAUCAAAAUUUGGGGGAAGAUACAAGGAAUUCCACAAGAGUACCUGGAGAAAACUACUCAAACCUUUGUUGAAGCCCAGAAGUGGGAAGCCCAUGAUACUAUUAUGGCUUUACUUAUUUUUGGAUUGGUGUUAUUUCCUAAUAUGGAGAAGUUAAUUGAUACAGCAGCUAUCAGCGUGUUUUGGGCCGUCAAGGUUAAGAAUGAAGAUCCAGUGCCCGCACUCCUAGCAGAUGUUUAUCACACCUUGCACUUACGCUUUGAGAAGAAGGGAAGACUGAUGUUAUGUUGCAUACCACUCCUUUACCAAUGGUUUGUCUCUCAUGUGUUCAAAGAUGUUGAUACAAUUGAAAGUAUGGAUGGAUAUGAGUGGUCUCAAAAGCUAGUAGGACUCACUGAAAAUACCAUUAUUUGGUAUCCUCAUGGUUUGAAUGUGAGAGAUACGAUUACUAGUUGUGGAGAAUUUCCAAAUGUACCAUUAAUAGGGUCAAAAGGGUGCAUUAACUACAACCCUAUUUUAGCAGUGAGGCAGUUGGGUUAUCCUAUCACAUACAAGCCGGAUGACCAUUUGUUAGAAGGUUUUGUGUUCCAUGAUAUGGAGGAUCUCGUUAUGCUGAAAAGGGUUAUCCGAGCCUGGGAAAAAGUUCGCUUCAGAGGACAAGACAAAGGAAAGGGUGUCAUAGGGGAUAGAGAAUCCUAUCAUCAAUGGGUCACCAGAAGAAGUCAAGAGAUUAAGCUACCAUUCAUCCUCAAUCCUCCAACUCAACCUCCACCACCAGAACCCAUCCCUGUCUCCAUGGAAGAAGUGGAAGCGUUGAGAGCUACUAUAGCAAGACUUGGACGAGAAAAUGAAGAGCUACAUACCAGCUUCCAGCAAAUUUCAAAUGAAAGAAAUGAAAUAAAGUGGGAACUAGAGAGGAAGAAGGCUCAGCUAGAAGCGACUGAGGAAAAGGUCGACAAGGAAGAACGCAAGAGAAAGAAAGUGAAAGUAGGCAUGGGACAAGCUGACCACUGCCUAGAAACCAUUAAAGAGCAGUUGACACAAGUUGAGAAAGAGUGCCAAAAGAAUAAGCGAUGGUGGCUACGAGCUACAGAAGAGAAAAAAGAAGUUAGAGAGAUAUUGGAGGCUAAGAUACACGAUCUCACUAUCUCCCUCCAUAAUGCUGAGACCCAAGCCGAGCACGAGCGCCGACUUAAGGAAAAAUCCCUUGAAGCUUCUCGAGUCACACCUACGACUUGGGCCGAGAAAUGUCAAGAAGUAAAAGAUGCUAGAGAAGUUGCUCAACAAUGGAAAGAUAGAUUCGAGGCAUUCCAUCAAGACUUUGAACAUUGA